UUCAUAAUUUCGCACUUAGUAAGUUAUAACGACAACGACGAGAUUUCGACAAUUUCAAUUUUCCAAUACGAUCCAAAUUCCGGAAUUCAACAGUCUUAGUGAGCUCACUUGAUUCCAGAAAGAAAUCCUUCGGUUUCGCGGCCAUGGCGGAAGUAGAGAACAAGCAGGUGAUAUUCAAAGGCUACAUCAAUGGAGUUCCCCAAGUGACGGACUUCGAACUCAAAAUUGGGAAGCGUAAGCUCGAGGCUCCGAAAGGGUCCGGAGAUUUUCUCGUCAAGAAUCUCUUCCUUUCUUGUGAUCCUUACAUGCGAGGACGGAUGCGCGAUUUCCACGAUUCUUACAUUCCUCCUUACGUUCCCGGUCAGGUGGUUGAAGGUUUUGGGGUUUCUGAAGUUUUGGACUCUGAUGACGCCAAUUUCAAGACCGGUGACAUCGUUUCAGGCAUCACAUUUUGGGAGGAUUACAGCUUAAUGAAUAAGAGAAGUAUUCAGCUGAGAAAACUUCAGCCGGACAAUCUCCCUCUCUCAUUCCAUGUUGGUCUUCUUGGCAUGCCAGGGUUUACUGCUUAUGCGGGAUUCUUUGAGGUUUGCUCCCCUAAGAAAGGCGAAAAAGUAUUUGUCUCUGCUGCUUCUGGAGCUGUCGGUCAGCUAGUUGGCCAACUUGCUAAGUUGCACGGUUGUUAUGUUGUAGGAAGUGCUGGAACAAAGGAAAAGGUUGAUAUUCUGAAGGGUAAACUUGGAUUUGACGAAGCUUUCAACUACAAAGAAGAGUCAGACUUGAAUGCAACUUUGAAAAGGUGCUUUCCUGAAGGUAUAGAUAUAUAUUUUGACAAUGUUGGUGGGGACAUGCUUGAUGCUGCACUUUGCAACAUGAGAGUUCAUGGUAGGAUUGCUGUUUGUGGAGUGAUAUCUCAGAACAGCAUCUCUAAUCCAAAAGGAAUCAGCAACCUGUGGAAUCUCAUACCAAAACGAGUAAACAUGAAGGGAUUCCUACAAAGCGACUACUUGCACUUAUUUCCGCGCUUCUACGAGCAAGUUAGUAAUUACUACAAGCAGGGAAAGGUUGUCUACAUUGAAGAUGUGAAGGAAGGUCUGGAAAAUGCUCCAGCUGCCUUUGUAGGACUUUUCACUGGAGAUAACUUAGGUAAACAGGUUGUUCGUGUAGCCCAUUAAUGAUUAUCGUAUCGGUCACGGUCGUGUUCUUGAACUCGAAACAUUUAGCUGAAUAUAGGGAGAGAAUUUGUAGCUUCUUAAGCUUAGAUUCAAUUCUUCUUCAUUUUCAUUCGGUUUCUGAAUUCUGUAAGGCUGAAUUCUUGUUGCUGGGACAUUGUUGAGCUGUUCAUUGUUGAAAUAAUUUGUUCUGCUAAUAAAAAAGCUGUGGAUUUUUUUAGCA